CUCUAUCUUCUGCCUCUUCCUCUAUAUGCUUCCACUCUUUCAUUGAGUCGUGUUCUUGUUCUUGUUCUUGUUGUUUUACGUCGUUUGAUCUAAUUUGUUCGUGAAAAUGCCUGCGGUUGGUGGAAUGCUCCCCGGGGACGGAAAAAAAGAGUACCCGGGAAAUCUUACUCCCUUUGUAAUGGUAACAUGCAUUGUUGCUGCAAUGGGUGGCUUGAUUUUCGGAUACGAUAUUGGAAUUUCAGGUGGUGUGACGUCGAUGGACUCUUUUUUGGAGGAGUUUUUUCCGAAAGUGUACCGGAAAAAGAAUCUUAUGGCCACCAAAAACCAGUACUGUAAAUACGACAGUCCAACGUUGACGAUGUUCACCUCGUCCUUGUACUUGGCGGCACUGCUUGCAUCAAUAGUGGCGUCCACGGUGACACGUAAGUUCGGUCGGAGAUUGUCGAUGCUUUUCGGCGGCGUGUUGUUCUGCAGCGGUGCCAUCAUUAAUGGCUUUGCUAAAGCCGUUUGGAUGCUGAUUCUUGGUCGGGUUUUACUCGGUUUUGGUAUUGGAUUUACCAACCAGUCGGUGCCACUCUACCUUUCCGAAAUGGCUCCGUACAGAUUCAGAGGUGCUUUGAACAUAGGCUUUCAAUUGUCCAUCACGGUCGGCAUCCUCAUAGCUAAUGUUCUAAAUUACUUCUUCGCAAAGAUCAAGGGUGGUUGGGGAUGGCGGUUGAGCUUGGGUGGGGCCAUGGUCCCAGCCCUGAUAAUCACAAUCGGCUCACUGGUUCUCCCCGACACUCCAAAUUCAAUGAUCGAAAGAGGCCAACACGAGGAAGCCAAAAAGAAGCUUCAAAGAGUCCGCGGGGUGGAGGACGUGGAAGAGGAAUUUCAAGAUUUGGUUGCAGCCAGUCAAGCCUCGAAAACGGUCGAACACCCAUGGACCAAUUUGCUGCAGAGGAAAUACAGACCCCAUCUCACAAUGGCCAUUCUAAUUCCGUUCUUCCAGCAGCUCACCGGCAUCAAUGUCAUCAUGUUCUACGCUCCUGUCUUGUUCAACACCAUUGGAUUCAAAACAAAUGCGUCUUUAAUGUCCGCUGUAAUCACUGGCUCUGUUAACGUAGCCGCCACAAUCGUUUCAAUUUACGGCGUGGAUAAAUGGGGGAGGAGGUUCCUGUUCCUCGAGGGCGGAAUUCAAAUGUUGAUAUGUCAGGCUGUUGUAACGGCGGCAAUUGCGGCGAAGUUCGGAGUGAGUGGAAUUGCAGAGGAUCUGCCGCAGUGGUAUGCGAUAGUGGUGGUGCUGUUCAUAUGCAUUUAUGUGGCAGGAUUUGCUUGGUCGUGGGGGCCUCUGGGUUGGCUUGUUCCAAGUGAAAUCUUCCCACUGGAAAUUCGAUCGGCUGCUCAGAGUAUGAAUGUGUCGGUGAACAUGAUCUUCACGUUUGCAGUAGCGCAGGUGUUCUUGAUGAUGCUCUGCCACCUGAAGUUCGGGCUGUUCAUUUUCUUCGCGUUCUUCGUGUGUAUCAUGACGGUGUUCAUCUACUUCUUCUUGCCGGAAACGAAGGGCAUUCCGAUCGAAGAAAUGGGGAAGGUUUGGAAGACGCAUUGGUAUUGGUCCCGAUUCGUGACGGAUAGUGAGUAUCAUAUUGGAGCAUUGGAGAUGGGGAAAGGGGGACAGGCGGACAGGAAGUGAAUUAAUUAAUAGAACAGUGUGUUUAAUUUGUUAUAAUUUUUGUGUCGGGAAAGGCGUGAUAGUAAUAGCUUAUGUGUCUCAUUGUAUCGAUACCCUCUAUUCUACCAACAUUAAAAACAAAGUUUCAUUCCUUUUCCGAUACCA